AUGUCUCAAUCAAGUCUCGGAACGAAAAUUUGGGCAUUCCUCAAAGAACUGUUCACCAGGAACCUCAAGACGGUCAUAGAGCCAUUGAUCAUCGACCCGGAGUCAAUGCACAGUCAGGAGGCCGAAUCCUUCGAUCAGCCUGGACGUGGCGAUGUCACAUGGAGAACGCUCAUAUCAUCGCCGCAGACCAAGACCGAUUCGCUCACAGCUGGAAUUGCGACAUGUCCUCCUAAAACAGGUCAUCUGUGCCCCCAUAGACACCUGCAAGCAGAGAUAUAUCACAUAAUCAAUGGCCAUGGUGUCGUUGAGAUUGAUGGAGCCCAAUACCCGGUAAAGGCUGGGAGUGUGGUCUAUAUUCCAGGGGAUGCGAGGCAUGGGAUCAGGAAUGUUGACCCUGUUGCAGAAUUAAAAUGGCUCUACAUCUUCCCAACCGAUGGUUUCGGAGAUGUCAAAUAUAGGUUCGACGAGGGCCUCAGAAAGUAA